GUGGUUAAACCAUCAGACCGGAAACGGCGCCGUCUUCCAGAUUUCCCAAUGUACCAGGGUCAGCCGGUAUGGCGUGGAGCUUUGACGUAGGACCGCAGGUUCCAAAUGUCCCUGAAGCUGAAAGUGUCCUGGCAUUCGUAGAUCGUAUACGACCAAGCACAUGGUUAUCACCGGUCCUCCGGCCGGCAGCAGAUGCCGAUAGUUCAUCUGGGGCACAGGAAUGGUGGCGUUUUCGGGCACGAAAGACAUGGCAGCAACCUCCCUGUAGAUACGUCAUGUUUCACUACCAGCGCAGGGUGAAUCCGGUCGAUCGCGCCCAUGACGUCGAACAUAGAUUUCAAACUCUCUGCAAAAUCUCUGUUGCAAGUGCCGGCUUCCGGGCUUUGAGCCAAGGCGUGAUGAUCUCCGACACCGGAAAUCAUGGACUGCCAAAGACGUCCACAAUCCAAGAUGCAGGGCUGUCCAUCAUUGUUUCGGGGUGUCUUUCCCUCUUGCGAGAGAGGCACAGCGUUUAGACUAGAUAGAACAAAGUCUCGAUAUUAGUCGCAGAGAGAUCACAAUUAAAGAAAAAGCCGACAUCUGUUGCAGCGGCCAGUAAAAGUGACGAAGAUUCGGCUUUGCGAUGUUCAUUCUCCGAUGGACCGAAAUACGUCGUGCCGACUGUCAGCUUUGCUCCCGGUAGAACGAGCAGCCCAUGCUCCGCUUCAUCCAACCGAGUGGGGGCCACAAUCGUGUCGAAGACAAGAACAUUCAGAUCGACCGAGCGUAUGGGUUCAUCGACAAACAGGAGCUCAUACUCUUUCCUCCUUUUGACGGUGCCGUCAAGCAAGUCCAGGGAAUUAUGGAAUUUUAUGACGUGUGCCGCGGACUCUGCCGCCACAUGCGUGGGAUAAUCCAUGAUGAAAAUGAGUAUUUUAAUGAACAUGGCGGCGAAGGACGAGUACACAAGUGACCACAAUGUUGAUUUGAACAGUUUCGAUGAUCGGCGGGUGGUAAGGAAUAGUGGGCACAGCCACUGAUUGCUUUCGCUGCAGGUGCGGUGCUUCGUCGCAACCAACUCUGAUUAGGCUCUACGGUAGUCGUUACCCGCCAUGAUGAUUUUCGCAUAAAAGAUUGAUCACUGAUCACCUGCCUGUGUCACUAUUCCUGUGACUGGACCAGAAAACA